UAAACUUGACAGUUACUGACGGGCAUCCAUGGCAACCACGAAACCAAUCUGCCAAGUCCAAUAGAAAAUCAGCAGAUGGGCUGACUGUCUUUUCCCUGUUCAAAAUGUAUCUCGGUUUUAGUUUUUUUAUACCUCUUGUACUUUCAACCUACGAAGUUCACCAGCCGAUCGCUGCAGUAGCCAGUCAGAGGGCAUAGUUCCUCAGUGUUUUUAACCGUUGAUCUGUUCACUUUAGGAUUGCCUUUUUGCCUGAGAGAGCGAGAGGGAGAGAGGAUAAGCGCGAGAGGGGAGCGUGUGAUAGAGAGAGACGGAGAGGAAACGAGAAGCCUCCAUGUUUCAGCUGCCUAUCUUAAAUUUUAGCCCCCAGCAGGUUGCGGGGGUUUGCGAGACCCUGGAAGAGAGCGGGGACAUUGAGCGCCUAGGUCGCUUCCUCUGGUCUCUGCCCGUUGCCCCGGCAGCCUGCGAAGUCCUCAACAAGAAUGAGUCGGUGCUUAGGGCGCGGGCAAUCGUGGCCUACCACACCGGGAAUUUCCGAGAACUUUACCACAUCCUGGAGAACCACAAGUUCACCAAAGAGUCUCACACUAAACUACAGGCCCUGUGGCUGGAGGCGCAUUACCAAGAGGCAGAGAAGCUGCGGGGCCGCCCGCUAGGGCCUGUGGACAAAUACAGGGUGCGGAAGAAGUUCCCUCUGCCCAGAACGAUAUGGGACGGAGAGCAAAAGACCCACUGCUUCAAGGAGAGAACCCGACAUUUGCUACGCGAAUGGUACUUGCAGGACCCUUACCCGAACCCGAGCAAAAAAAGGGAGCUCGCACAGGCUACUGGACUUACUCCCACACAAGUCGGAAACUGGUUCAAAAAUCGUAGACAAAGGGAUAGAGCGGCGGCUGCGAAAAAUAGGCUACAGCAAGGGUUGUCCCAAGGCUCGGUUCGGUCUUUGGCUGAUGAUGAUGGAACCGUCGAUCGACUCGGUCCCGCCUCCAGCCCCGAGGCAAGUUUGUCGAGCAAAGCCGCCACCUCGGCUAUCUCUAUCACUUCCAGCGACAGCGAAUGUGACAUCUAAUGGAGCACAAAGCAGUCGAGAGGAGGAAGAGGAUAAAUUGACAGUAUAAAAAUGAAGGAGAUGCUGAAAAACAAUCUAACAUAAAAACAGUCAUAGUGCCUGCGUUUGAAUUGAAAGAAACUGUUCUUCUUUGAUGACUGCCAAAACACGAGGGUUCUAACGGAAUGCCCUGUCUUAAAGCUAUAGGCUACUUUCAUUUUUUUUUUUCGUUUUCCACUAUGGAUGACUGAAGCUAAUGCCAGCUGAAAGAAAAUGUAAAGAAAAAACAUAUUCAUAUUCACGAUCCUUUUUAGGGAUGACUAAUAAACCAAUGCCUCAAGUUGAAACUCAAAAUAAAUAAAAAAUAAGGAAAAAAGGAGAAGACAUUCGAGCGCCUAACCUGCUAUUUUCUGUGGGUAUUUCAUGUUGAAAAGACGCUGUAAUAUUUUUACUUUACUUUUAAAGUUGUAUAAAUAAUGUUUAUUUACUUAUUUAAAUGAUAGGCGCUAUUAUAAUUUGAUAUUUUUUUGCUUGGUGUUUUUAUGUUUACCUUGUCCACAGGUGAACCCGUUGAGCAUGUGCGCUUUAGUGAACAUGUGUUUCAGUAAAAAGACAAAAAAGUAGCCUAAAGAAACUUAAUAAAAUUAUUGUUGAUCAAAAGAACAAAACAUCAGUAUUUUUAUUCACAGAUAUUGAGAAUGGUGUUUGCAGAUAUUGUAUUACCCGAUUAUUAGCCUACUUGAUAUUAUUAUCGAGUAACGCCUAAUUUGGCAUGAUACUUUAGAUUAUAUUUUAGGGGUUUGGGACGAUAUUUAGAAUAUGAUAUAUGUGUGAGAGAAUAUUUCAAAUAUCGUCCUAUGACAGGUGUGGUGCAUCCUACUGUAUUAUGUUGUGCCUCUGCUUUGGCCUGAUGGAGUGGUCUAUAUAUCUGAGAAUUUAGACAUGUCAAUAAGUAGGCUGCUUAACUACCAAAUAUCUUGAUAUGUGUGUGGACUCUGAGUAAGAAAAUUAGUUUUAUUCUUUAUAAUGCCACACUUUAUAGUGAGUGCCCUGACAGGUCCUCGGCGUAAUUUGCCAACAUGCCUCGCGUCAUGUAAUGUGGCAUGACAGCGAGAGGUCAGAGAAAGGCCGUAAAACAAAACGGGAUGAUCUCCGAGUCCCGGAGUAAAAACAAAUAGCCAUACACAACACCAGAAUAUGAACUGUGCUCUGGAUGACUGAUGAGUAGUAGCCUAUAAAAAUAGCUAUUGGCCAUUUUAUUAUUUUAAAUCAAAGAUCAUUUUAAAACCUGUUACAUUUAAUUUAGAUAGGCUAUAGGCAUCGAUUUCUGGGUGAUAUGCUAAAACAUUUUCUAGAAUUGAAUCUGCAUGAAAAGUGACAGGUUCGACCGUUGAUCUGAACCAUAUUUCCUUUAUCGUAUAAUUAAUGUCAGCUAGCCUAAUGUCUGCCACGACUAGGCCUAUGGCGAUGUUCUUAUGAGAGUCUGCAAGGUUGAUAGCUUACAACAUAUUUCAUGUUUCAGGUAUUUGAGUAAAGUCUGUUAUUUAUAUUUGGUUAUUAAUGGUUCAGUUAAACACUUAACGUGUUUAGGAGGUAUAGGCAGAAAUGCUUGAAGCAGACCAUGUUACGGUAGGCUAAAAAACGCAAUGGCUGUGAAACAUGUGGUUGUUUGAUGUUAUGAUCAGACGUGAUGCCGUUAUUAUUUUGUAAUAGGGUUUGACCUAACCGUCUAUAGAUAGGCCCUUAAGUGUUUUUGUUAUUGUUGUUUUUUUGCAUUACGGUUUAGACUAGUAUUUAAAAAGGUUACCACUAGCACACAUCCCUGCCUAUGAUGAAUAUAUGCCAAAUAAUGUUCUAUUGGAACGUAAAGACGAGGGUAAACCGUGCAUACACCUGAGGUUAAACUGUCUGUUCCCUCUUUAUACGCGCUAACAGGAUGUCAGCCCAAAUGAGCAACGAAAAUGAGAAAUAGGCCAGUGUUUUUUCAAUGGCUCCAGAGUUCUGGUUUUGGACAAACACCUGGAUUUUCAUCCAAUUUGCAAUUAAUUACAGUAGCCAGUGAAAGAGACAAGAUGUAUUCCUCGAAACGUCUUUCAGCUGGAACAACACAUAAAUGCAGUGUUUCGGGUUUUGGAUAAAAAGAGAGAGGAAGCAAGCGAGGGGAAGAAAGGGGGGGCCUUGCGUUUCUUUCAAAUCAUGGGGACAAAAUGGCUGAAUAUUUCCGUUUCUAUUGAAAAUCAGGGCAACUAGGGGACACACAUGAAAAAGUAUUUUUAGCAGUGUAUAAAGUUGUCAGCGGUAAUCAGCACUAAUGAUGCGGUCUACGGUCCCCGAGCAAAUGAAGGGGCGCUCCCAAUGUUUUGUGAGGGGAAGCAACACGAGUUUGUACCUCUUCAAAGAAUGAACUGCUGUCAUGGUAAAGUCUGCCAGCCUGGGUACGGAAGUCAGCAUUUUUGUUUAGCGUGUGUGUUCUGGGGCAGCUGCUGCAAUGUGAAUUCGCAAGUAGGACGAUUAAAAGGAUUUAGCCUAAUUAUCAAUUUAUUGACUUUUCUGACUGACUUGUACGUUUGCAACAGUCAUAACACGUUAAUUGUGCUCCAAUAAACAUGACGAACAUUUUGAAUAAUUAAGAAAAUAUGAUAUAAUAUGUUGGAUAUCAACCACUGAAUCGGGCGAAAUUCAUUGACUAUUUUUCCUUAGACCUUCAGCACUUUUAUAUAUUGGUAACAUGGUAUCUUCUUGAUUUUUGUGUCGUUUGUAAUCUAUAUAUAAAAAUGAAAGCAGAUGGGACCCAAUUUCAAUGUUUGUGUCAACCAUAAUUUGAAAGAAGGUUCUCUUUCUCUUGAACUCCAAUCCCUCUAUGCUGUUGAGUCUUUAUGAUCGAAUCUGUCAUAGCAGUUCAGCAGUGAUACACAACGUGGUGCGAGCUCGUGUCAGCACUGACAGUAGGCUAUGGCUACGUGGGCUAUUUCUCCUGCAGCAGUUACAUGAUAUUAUCUUGCUAUUUACCACAUUAGUCUGUAUUUCUACACGCUUGUCUUGAACUGAUUCGUAAUGAUCACUAAUCAAUGUUAGUUUAUCACAGGGUUAUUUUAUGCAUAUUUCUUCCAACGGUGAUAGUAGUCUCUACAAUUUCUAUUUUGAUUGGUUUAAUCUCUGGCAUAUUUUUCUCCACUCUGCCUCUUGAUGUUUAUAUUAAAUCCCCUGGUUUUAGGCGUAUUUUUUAUUUAACAGGCUCUGCUAUAGCCUAGGUAUGGUCCUGUGAAAAACAUAUUCAAAUAUAUGUAUUAUUAUUAUUAUCACCUGUAGUAGGCCCUUUUCGUAAAACAGACUUAAUAGCCUAACUUGCCAUAGAGUAGACCAUUCACCUCUUGCCUGAGUUUUUCCUGUUUUCCCUAAAGCGGAUGAGGUCAUUAAAUUACGUAGAAACAUAAGUGCAUUUAAGAGCUUGUCCUCCUCCUUAAUUAGCAAAGCUCUCAAUGAGGACCCCACACUGCUCCAUCCCUUUCCCAUAAACACUCUGUCCCGUCUCCCCACAAUGUGCUAAUUUGAUUUGACCACUUUCUUGAUGUCGUCUCUGCAAUGACUGUCGUUCAAAACGUUAUAUAUCUUGGUUUGUUCUUCUUAGCUUGAAUUUCACAAUUUCAUGGAUUCUUCUCUAUCUUUGUUUUAUUGGUGUAGUAGGCCUAUUAUUGUUGGCUAUAUCGUCGGCCAGGGCCACACCAACUUUACUGCUCGUUCGUUCAGCAAGAACAGAACAUUCACUCACUGGAAACACUCAGCUAUCAAUAUUCGUAUUAAAAUUAAUAAGAAUCCUGAAUAUAUUUUAUACUCUAGAAAUGGCUUGUCUGUAAGUCAGUUAUGUUCGUUCGCGUUUGUGUUGCAUGUGUUUUAUUGAAGUCAAAUACUGUACUUUCUUCACUGGAACAUUGUCUCUUUCAUAAAUGAAGUUCACAGAAUGACUAUAGUGAAGGUCUAUUUACCAUGUAUUCACGUUAAUAAACAUUUUACAUUAAGAAAUUGCAUGGAAGCAUGCGUUUCACAGUAGGCUCCCAGAGAAUGCCACGGAUGACCUCUGGUGGUGAUAUUGGGUGGUAGCCUACUCUACUGCUUACUGGAGUGGAGAGACGCCGCUUGUCAUGGUAGCCUACUUAUUUACAAUCACACAACCUAAUCAUUUAAAAUUAAAAUGGUUCCAUUGUGUUAGAAUGCAUUAUGAUUUUCGAAAGCUAUUUUUCUGGAAUGCCUCCAAGCUCUAAUAAAACGUACAUAGCCUAAUAUCCUCCGCAUAACCUGUUGUUUUAUGUUUCAUAAAACAUCUCCAAACUGAAGUCAGCCUGAAGACUGGCUUUUUUCUGCAUGCAUGCACUUUUUUUUCUUUAGGGCUCCCGAGUGGCACAGCGGUCUAAGGCACUGCAUCUCAACGCUAGAGGCGUCACUACAGACACCCUGGUUCGAAUCUAGGCUGUAUCACAACUGGCCGUUAUUGGGAGUCUCAUUGGUCGGCGCUCCAUUGGCCUAGCGUCGUCCGGGUUUGGCCGGUGUAUAAAUAAGAAUUUGUUCUUCACUGACUAGCCUAGUUAAAUAAAGGUAAAAAUGAAAAAAAUAUACGUUUACACCAGCAAAAACAAUUAAAAAAAAUACAAAGAAGCAACGGGUUUCACUUAGUUGUUCACAGUAUGUGACAUAGUCCCACCCUAACCUUUUGUCUAAUCGUCUUGCACCGCACCCCUCUGGCAAGAGGCAGUCAACGGCAAUUAUGAUGAUGUGUAGGCCUCAUAGAAUUCGGGAGACGCGUUUCAGCACCAUGGACAGGGAGGUCACCGCGUUUCAGCACCAUGGACAGGGAGGCCACUGCGUUUCAGCACCAUGGACAGGGAGUGCAACCGGGAGGGCACCCGGUAGGGCACCCAUGCACCCAUGGACAUUUCCGAGAUACAUAGUUCUGACUAGCACAUGAACGUGGCAUAUAGCAGGGGUGCUACAAUUUUUGGGCAUGUAUAGCAGGGGUGCUCUAACUUUUGUGCUUGGUGGGCCUAGGCGAUGGGCCUCGGGCCGAACAAAUAUACAUAAUUUAAACAAUAAGGUAAACAAUAGCUUUUUCGGAUCUUUAAAAGAAAAGUAAUCCUAAAAUGACACUUCAAACAUUAAUCAAAUGGUAGCCAUAUAACUUGACCCCUAACAACACAGUCUGAUUACCAGUAUUAAAUAUGUAUUAAAACUUGUUUAACCUUUAUUUAACCAGGAAGUGCUCAUUGAGAUUUAAAAUCUCUUUUUCAAGAGCACCUGGCCAAGAUAGGCAGCACCAAGUCAUUACAAAAAUGACAGACAAACAACUACAAGUAAUCUAGUGAAAACCAUAGAAUUCACAAGAGUAAAACAAAAUCAAAAACUUUUACCAUUGUAUCAUAGAAACUGCAACCAAGUUUCUAUGUUUAUAAGACUAAUAACUUUUUCCAGCUUUAAAGUAAGUUUCCUGCAAUUCUACAUAUUUUGCUAUAAGGCGUGGAGAACAUUUUGCACUUUUAAAGCAUGUUUAAUGCAAUCUACUCAUUAUGCCAACGGUUGGAGUAAAAUUGUUGCAGUUUUAAUGCUAUUUUGCCUGCAGUUCUACAUAUUUUGCCAUGACUUAUGCCAUGUGCAUAUGAUAUCUGAAUGAGAGUGACUAACAAAAUCAAUGGGGGUCCCUGGGCCCAUGCCCUGGGUCCCCAGUCAGUAAUUCGGCCAGGAUUACUACAAGGUUUAGAUAGCUGGCUAGAUUAACUUAACUAGAAAUGUAUAAAAUGUUAUCUGGCAUGGGCUAAUUGAUUGACUGUCAGUGACUGACAUAACAAGAGGAAAACUGCUGAGGCACUACCAUAUUUAAAGUAGCAUGUUGUGUUUUUUUUACUAUGCUAUCUCUCAACUGGGAUGGCCUCCCGGAGUAAAAACAAAUACACAACACCUCACUCAGAAAAAAAGGUUCCGUAGGCUAUAAAACCACAGUAAGUGUAUCUCACUGGGCACAGACAUCAAUUCAACAACGCAAUUUCAUUGAGAUGAAGUGGAAACAUCAUUGAUUCAACCAGUGUCUGCCCAGAGGGAUGAUUUUAUUAGCUAGCAUUUAGUUUGCAGCAGCCCAGGUUUGUAUGAACCUUGCUGUUUGCCACUCUGACCUCGGCAACAAUGUUGCAAAAUAGGAAUUCGAUCUCCCCCUGCCAU